GGUGGUUCUCUUUUUCCACCUAGUUCCUACUGUCAUUUUAAAAAAAGCAGUACUGCAGUGAUCCAAACAAUGACAUUUUGCACAGAGUAUAUGUCGGGAUGCUAGGGAAAAUGAAAUACUUGGAUGUUCCUAAUGGCAGGAUGGUUCUGGCAGUUUCUGAUGGAGAAUUAAAUCAUGCUGAACUUGAUGGACGAGGAAGUGGCCAGAGCCUGAACAGUUUACCCAGCGUCCAGUCUGAUCGGCUUGGCACAGAGAGAUCAGUGGGCAGCUGGGCAGUAUCAUUUGAGAGGCUUCUUCAGGACCCACUUGGGGUUGAAUACUUUACGGAUUUUUUAAAGAAAGAGUACAGUGCUGAAAAUAUAUUUUUCUGGCAGGCAUGUGAGAAGUUCCAGUCUAUCCCAGCUGAUGACACUGAGCAGCUUUCCAAAGAAUCUCGGAGGAUAUACAAAGAAUUCCUGUCCAGCAGCUCAUUGUGUCCAGUCAAUGUUGAUCACCAGGCAAUUAUAACAGAAGAUAUGCUAGAAAAACCCACUCCUGAUUUGUUCAGAACACAACAGCUGCAGAUUUUCAACCUGAUGAAGUUUGACAGCUAUGCACGCUUUGUAAAGUCACCUCUUUAUCAAGAGUGCAUGGUUGCUGAAGUAGAAGGAAGGUCUUUACCUCAUCUCAGCUCUGCAGACUCCACUGGCCACUGUACCAACCACACAACUGGUGCUAUAAAGAAAAAGACAUUAAGAUCUGGAAAGUCUCUCCCAGUUGGUGUUGAAGUGGCUGGAAUGGAUAACACAGAACACAGUUCCAAACAUCACAGAUUGUCAUUUAAGAAGAAGGACAAGAAAGGACAUGGCAAAGACAACGUAGAUGAUCACUCAUCACGCCGUGAGUCUCAGACAUCUCUAAACUCUGCAACUAGCCUGGACCUUAGUUUCGCCUCUACAGUUUCCAGUAAAUCUGAGAAUGAUGGUGUAAGCCACAGCAGUAUGGGGCUAGAUAUAGAGCCUAAGCCAAUGAAGUACUGCUGUGUAUAUUUCCCUGACGGCACAGCUUCACUCACACUUAUCAGGCCAGGCCUAACUAUCCGAGAUAUGCUGAGCGGGGUCUGUGAGAAACGUGGCUACUGCACCACAGACGUGAAAGUUUAUCUAACUGGAAACGAGCAGAAAGCACUGGCGCUUGAUCAGGAUUGCGUGGUUCUUGCAGAUCAGGAGGUUCGGCUGGAAAACAGAGUCGGCUUUGAUUUACAAAUUGAACCUCUUCAUAAAAAUAUACAUCUUGUGGCAAAAUCCAACAAGACCCUAGGAGAGGCUUUGGACGUGGUGCUAAAGAAGUAUCAUCUUGACAUUCAUCAUUUGACGCUAACAAAGAUCGGAGAGUCACAAGCUGUAGACCAAAGGAUAUCUGUUAAUGAGGUGGCAGGACAGAAACUGAUUUUGGAAACAGUCAAUGAAUUAAACAAUGAGAGACUUGAUGGAGGGAACCAUGCUAAGCAUCAAACAAAGAAGGAAUCUGCAAAAGAGAAAUCUGGCACACAGCAUAACCCAGUACACUACGAGAGGGCACAAAGAGACGGUGAGGCUAUCAAUCAUUUAGUAUCACUGAACAGUGUUAGAGAAACACAACAAAUGAACAUUAUGUCUCAAAGACAAACAUAUGGCAUUGAAGAAUUGGUUGAGCUACUUAACAGAGUGCAGAGUUCCCGUGCAGAUGACCAGCGAGGCCUACUGACCAAAGAGGUUCUUGUGCUACCAGAUUUCUUGAGGCUUCCAGCAGAUGAUGAAUGUGGUAACUGCCAUGGAUGCAGUCUGAACUUUUCCACAGACGUUCUAAAGACUUCCUUAGCACAUGUGGAUAUGGGGCAGCCCUCAACAAACUGUAAUGAAAACAAGACUACUAACAUCUCUUCUCCAACAGAAAAUACAUUUUGUUCUACAGAUUCACAGACACAACUUACAACAAACACAACUCAUGAAAAGACUCUUUCAAAUUUGACCUCUUCACAUCAUCAUCAUCAUCAUCACCAUCAUCACCAUUCUUAAAAUCUGUGCCAAAGAUCCAAAUGACGUAUCCCUGGCUUGUCCCUGUCUACCAGUGAAACAGUUGUAGGGUUGGUUUCUCUCAUCCAAUGAGUAACUGUGGGAGCUGUCCCUGGCAGCUUGUGAACAUUACUGCAGUCGUAGGAGUUGUCUUUGUCCACAAAGGAACAUUAAUAAGACUGUGGAAGUUGUGCUACCAUAACAUGCACAAAUAUAGCACUACAACUAGUGCACAGACCUACAUUCCAUGAAAGGUUAAAUGCAUUUUAAUUUGUUUUUACAUCUUUAACUGCUGGUCCUUUAUGUACAGAAUAGUAAAUGUUUUCCCAUGAAUCUUUAAUGAUAUUCAUCACUAUGGAUAUGGGGCCUUUAUGUUCAUUCAUUUGCAUUAUUAUUUAUUAAAGAUUAUAAUGAAUCUUUCAAGAACAUUUUUUCAAAAAUAUAAUAUUGAUGAUGAUUUUUGUGUUUUUAAAAAAUUUAUUGUACAAAAUAAAAAUGUUGUAUCCUU